AUGGCUAUGCUCUGCAAACGGCUGGCCGAUUGCCGGCCUACGGCAACAUGGGCGACUGCAAGGCGUUUUGCUUCCACAGUCGUGGUCAGGGCCGCCCCGCGCGACUACUGCCAUGUCCAUUACACCGGCACGUUGGAUGAUGGAUCUACGUUUGAUUCCUCUCGCGGCCGUGAGCCGCUGGAGUUCAUUAUUGGCUCCGGAAAGGUGAUCAAGGGCUUUGAUCGCGCAGUCACCGGGCUCUCACAAGGCGGCACACGCAAGCUCCGACUAGAUCCCUCCGAGGCGUACGGAGAGGUGGAUCCGAACGCGGUGAUCUCCUUCCCCGCCAGCAAGGCACCUGAGGGUCUGGAGGCGGGCAUGCAGGUCCAGCUGUCCAACGGCAUGGUUGCUCGUGUGAAGGCGGUGGACGCGGAGAGUGUCACACUGGACCUGAACCACGAGCUAGCGGGGCAGGCGCUCACGUUUGAUGUCGAGCUGGUCAAACUGGUUCCCACGGAGCGCCUGCGCCUCGCCACCUUCGCCGCGGGUUGCUUCUGGGGCCCGGAGCUGGCCUUCAUGCGGGUGCCGGGGGUGGUGGGCACGGAGGUGGGCUACUCCAACGGCACCGCGCAGCAGCCGAGCUACGAGGAGGUGUGCGCCGGCAACACGGGGCAUGCGGAAGUGGUGCAGGUGACGUACGACUCGGACGAGGUGUCGUACGAACGGCUGCUGGAGGAGUUCUGGUCCCGACACAACCCCACGCAACUCAACCGUCAGGGCGGCGAUGAGGGCACGCAGUACCGCAGCGCCAUCUUCACCCACUCGCCCGAGCAGCAGGAGGCAGCGGUUCGGAGCAAGGAGGAGGCGCAGACCAGGUUCAAGGAGCCCAUCGUGACGGUGAUCGAGCCGCUCAGCAACUACCACCCGGCGGAGCCCUACCACCAGCAGUACCUGGCGCGAGGGGGGCGCUUCGGUCGCCCGCAGAACCCCUCCAAGGGGUGCACCGACCCCAUCCGCUGCUACGGCUAAAUGCAUUGUGGCGACUGUGGCAAGGAGGGAGGAAGAGGAGGUUGAACGGUGCAGCAGCGGUUACAGUUGUGUAAACAUGCUAUCUAUAUGAGGUGCUGCAGUGCAGCCGGUGCUCCUACAGGGCGGUUGCCUUCCUCGUUUCUUCCUCCCAGGCCGCCUCCUAUUAACACGCUCAUUCAGCGGCAGCCUUAUUCAGGCUGCAGCGUCGUCCUUAAAUUAAACAGUUGUACUGGACGUGUGUUGACCGUUGACCGGUUGUGUUUUUCAGAGGUGGACCUGAACUCCGUUUUGUGACGUGUGCUGAGAUGCAUUGCGGACGCAAUCCGACGGGUUAACUGUAGUACCGGUGUGGCAACACACACGGACUCGCGCAUGUUCAAGUUUUGGAGCCCCUUUUCCACGGCAGAAGAGUCUGCAUCAGCUGUCCAAGUUGCAUUGAAUUGCAUUCAUCCGCCUUACCCGUGUCGGGCCCACCGCUUAAAAAGACAUGCAUGUAUCCAUAAGAU